AAUUUAAACAAUCUCACAGCCAGUAUUUUGGAAGCUGCUAAGAAGCCCAAUCCAAGCCAGAAAUCUCAACUUGAUCAUUUCAUCUACAGAACAUUUCGGUCGCUUAACAGCAAGGAUAUUCCUAAAGGACUUUUAAAGGAUUUGGUUGCGUCAUUGACUAAUCAUGCCUCUGACUCCGAUCCUGAGGUUCGUGAUGCCUCGUGUGCUGCUUUGGGUGCUAUACAAAAAUGUAUCGGUGAAAGUGCACUUGCAGUUUUCCUAGGUGCUGAAAUUGUUAAAGAUUCCACAAAGAUGUCAAAGAUUGCUGAAUAUCGUGAAAAGGCUGUCGUUGAAGCUGAAAGUCAAAAGCAAGCCUCCGAGAAUAAUUGUGCUUCUGCAGCAUCCUCUCAACAAUGUCAACAGCAAAUAUCUACAAACACAAAUCAUCAACAACAAAGUGUCCCCGAACCACAACCACAGCAAAUUGAUCCUUUUGAACUUUUGGACCCUGUUGACAUUAUUCCAAAACUUCCGGGUGAUUUAGACACUCAAUUGGCUAGUAAGAAGUGGCAGGAAAGAAAAGCUGUAUUGGAUUCAGUUCAUGGCAUUUUGUUAGAAAAUCCAAAGUUGGCGGACAACCCGGAUUAUGGGGAUUUGAUUGAUAAGCUUACAAAGGUUCUCAAAUCUGACGCAAAUAUUAAUUGUGCUGCUGUUGCUGCUAAAUGUCUUACUGGAAUGGCUAAAGGAUUACGCAACAAAUUUGGACCUCAUACAGCUUCAUUAUCUCCAAUUAUAUUUGACAAAUUCAAAGAGAAGAAGCCUCAUCUUCGUGAUCCUUUGAUUGAAUUAAUUGACGCUGUUUAUGCUACCACGACUUUAAACAACCUCUCAGCUAGUAUUUUGGAAGCAGCUAAAAAGCCCAAUCCAAGCCAGAAAUCUCAACUUGAUCAUUUCAUCUACAGAACAUUUCGGUCGCUUAACAGCAAGGAUAUUCCUAAAGGGCUUUUAAAGGAUUUGGUUGCGUCAUUGACUAAUCACGCCUCUGACUCCGAUCCAGAAGUUCGUGAUGCUUCUUGUGCUGCAUUGGGUGCUAUACAAAAAUGUAUCGGUGAAAGUGCACUUGCAGUUUUCCUAGGUGCUGAAAUUGUUAAGGAUUCCACAAAAAUGUCAAAGAUUGCUGAAUAUCGUGAAAAGGCCAUUUCUGAAUGUCCUAGUGCCAAAAUUGAGUCUGUAAAGUCUGUCGUUGCAGCACCACCACCUCCUAAUGUCAAAAAGGCUGUUGAAAACAAAGCUAAAGUGCAGAACAAUACUACUAAACCGACAAUUGCUGCUUCUAACAAUAAACCCGAAUCUGUUCCUGAUUCUGUUGAGAAUUCUGAAGAUGAUGCCUCUACUCAAGUUCAACAAACCAACCAGAAGAAAGCUGUUAAAAAUUCUAAACAACAACAGAAACCUGAACAGCCCAAAGUUGAGCCAAAAGUUGAAGAUUCGGAACCUGAAUUUUUGUUAUUAUUUAAAAGUGAUAGGGCUUUGCGACUUAAAGAGGAAAAGGCUCUUAAGACUUUAAAAUGGAACUUUGACACACCUACGGCAGAACAUUUAGAACAAUUAACUAAUUCCUUGACUUCUGUGACAAAACCUCCGUUGACUGGACAGUUGUUUAAUAAGGAUUUUAAACAACAAAUUAAAGCUAUUGAAUAUCUUAAUGAGGUUUGUGUGAAAUUAUUUGUUUUUUCAAGCGAGCCUCUUUAUAAGAUACCCUCAAUGCUAGAUACACCUCACACCAGUUUAGGAUUUUUGUGGGUUGGAUUUAUUGUGUUGCAGAAUUCGUUAUUACGUUUUUUAAGCGAUAUAAGGGGUUUGGAAGGAUAA